ACCCUCCCAAUGUUAGCUAUGGCCGAGUUUGUUUCAGUUCCAGUCUCAGCUUUAGUUCUAUCGACUCGACCAAAAAUGGCAUAGCCUCGCACUGGGUGGUGGUACCAGAGCUUAGGCUGAGACUCACACGGUGCUCGGUGCUCUCAGCCUGAGAGCGAAGCAGAAAAGUGACGUUUCUUUUGGUCUCUUUCACCCACGUACUAUGUAUUUAUUUUUGAAUUGAGUUUUCUUUUGUGGGCGUCAUCUUGAAGUUUUACUGUUGCAGAAUGCAGUUCAUGCUUUUAUUCAGCCGGCAAGGCAAAUUAAGACUCCAAAAAUGGUAUGUGGCUCAUCCAGACAAGUUAAAGAAGAAAAUAACUAGAGAGUUGAUCACCACCAUCCUUGCCAGAAAGCCGAAGAUGUGCAGUUUCUUAGAAUGGAAGGAUGUGAAGAUUGUUUACAAAAGAUAUGCAAGUCUUUACUUCUGCUGUGCCAUUGAGCAGGAUGCCAACGAGCUCUUAACUUUGGAAAUCAUUCAUAGAUAUGUUGAGCUGUUAGAUAAAUAUUUUGGCAGUGUAUGUGAACUGGACAUCAUCUUCAAUUUUGAGAAAGCUUAUUUCAUUCUAGAUGAACUACUCCUUGGAGGAGAAAUUCAGGAGACAAGCAAGAAAAACGUUUUGAAAGCAAUUGCAGCUCAGGAUCUUUUGCAAGAGGAUGACGAGGUGGAGGGCGCCCUCAGGGAGAUAGGCCUUCUGUAGCCUCCAGCACCCAUUCACUCAUCACCAUCGGCUUCCCUGCACGUGGGUGGGACUGCACAAGAGCCAACUUUACUUUAAAAAUAUAUCCCCCUCUUCUUUUUCUUAAACUAGAAGGAUUGUGCUAAUACUUAACAUUUUCUUCUUCCUUGGUAUUUUACUGUAAUACAUUCAAUGCCUAAAGGAGCUUCACUCUGACUGAAGGUGGUACCAAAUUUAAAUUAAGGCUCUUUUAUAUGUUUCCACCUGUACUUAGGUAUGUUAGAUAUAGAAGCCUAAGAUGGGUGAGUGUGAUUGAUAGUCCAUUAUGGCAAAGUCUUCUGUAGUAAUUUUUGAUUACUGAUGACCACCUCUGUUUGUUUGUUUUCUUGCUCUAAUAUUUAUGAUGAACAUGUUAUGGGAUGGGUACUUGAACCUUCAACACUAGUUACCGAUGAGUUGGGGAAUUUGCUUUCCUGAAGCGAUUUACUGAUUGCAUGCACAAUUACCCUAUCUAGCUUCUCUCAAUAGGUACAUUCACCUUAGUGUUACUCUGAGACGCACAUUUACAUAAAUACACACAUACACACUUACUCUCACCAUUUCUUGACAUUAGCUCUUUGACAUUUCUCUGAAAUCUACACUGAGUUUAUAAUGAGAAAGAAAUAAGAAUUAUCUCCACUAUAUGUAUCUGUGAAGGGACCAAUCGCUUUUUUAAUUGAAGUACCUAAUAUCAUCUAUAGAAAACAUUUAUAGUGUAAAUAUUUAUUAUGAAAUCAAAACUUUUAGAUUUAAGAAAGAAAUACAAAGUAUAUCUUGUUUGUGAUGGACGCCAAAGCAUUGUUGAGUAUCUUCUCUGCCUUUUAAACUUUGACCAUUUUUGAAAUAGAUUCUGUUCUUCAUAUCCAGAGCAGAUUUUUAUUCCAUUGGGUUAGUGUUGAAAUUUUGACAGUCUGUGAUUUGCCUCCUUGCCUAUUACGAUAUUUUCGUAUUGCCUUAGUCAUUUAAAAUGUUUACCACAAUGUAAAUAUUAUUUUAGAAAUAAGAGUUUCUUACACUUGCCUUGUUCAAAACAAUUCUGAUUAAUAUUUCCUCGUAUUUCAAUUUUUCUUUUGCCUAUUGAGUGAAUGAAGCAGUGCAUCACUAAUGGCGGGCGUGAUAGUGCCAAUUACCUAUUAAUUCCAUCCAUCUCUGAAGUUGUGGGUGGUACUAGUAUAUUGUAAUUUGUACUUUGGCUAACAGACACCAAAGUACACUUGAAGUGUGAUAGUGCCAAAUGUGUAGCCUGUACAUAACCCUUUUCAUUCAGUUAAAAAAUCUAUUUCUGUUGACACAUCGACCCAUUAUAUUUUUUAAAAUGAGAAUUUUAUUUACAUUUUAUUGCAUCUUUCACAUACAUAUAUACGGUAAAGGACUGACUUUUACUUUUCACCUUGCAAUAAUAAACAUACCAUGUUUUGUGUAUAUAUAUUAAAAUGUUUCCAUGUAUUGUUUGCAUUACUAAAGGCAAUGCUGACAUCUUCCAGUUUGUAAUUCCUGCUACCAGCUUUCUAAGAACAAGGAUGACUCAAAGUACUUUUGGCAUACCAUGUAUCUAGACAGGAAAAUCCAUAUCGUCCCAUCUAGGUGGCAAUAAUAAAACUUUCUUCUCUUCUUUCAUAUUUUGUGUGGUUACUGUAUUUGAAAACAAAUUAUUUGGUGAUUUGUAGACCAAAGUAUUACUAUGUAUUAUUGCUAGAAAAUAUUUUUGAGUAUAACCCUGUAUUCAAUACAUGAAUAAAUACAUAGACCUUUA